GAUUUCUCAUAUUUGGGGACUAAAAUUAAACAUCACACUAAAAAAUUGAGAAGUGAGUAACAAACCACUGUGGUGGUCUGAAAUUAAGAAGAGCUGGGCUACAUUUUUUACUCAGUGUAAAUCAGGUCUCAGAUGGAAUACUGAGAUCCACCUGAGCUAGUACAAUGUGAAAUCUAUGAAGAAAACUUAGAUGGGGCAGGAAGAACAACCCCAAAUGUUGAGGGUUAGAGGAGUUGGCCCCUGAGAGGAGUCAAAACAUAGCAGGACAGGGGCAUGGAAUCCCCUGUCUGUGUAAUAAAUUCCUUAAACAAUUCUGCUGAGAGAUCACAUCCCAUAACUAAGUUGUCAUUGAUGUAACCCUACACAGCAUUCACCAGUAGAGACCUAAGCUCUCUUUGCAGCGGAAGCAUGGUUUUCUACCUAGGAAAACUGUAGGAAGUGCGGGAAACUCAAUGCUGAAUUGAGAAGGAAUGCAUUUGCUAGCCUGGCUCCUUUUUGUGUGUAAUGUCUCUCCCCCACUUGAUAUGUCCCUAGAGAAUCUGCUGAGGAGUCAAGGGAGUAGACAUGCAGUGGGUUGUUCAAUCCACACAGCAGUUCCAGAGGGUACUCUCAUUCAUCAUCUAUGCAACAUUUUCAAUUGCCUCCUGUGUGCCUGACAUCUCAGCCUCUAAAUUAUCUACAACCAGGGGGCUGGUUUUACAUGUGGCAGUUAUGUAAGGCUGUCCCUUGGUCAGUAUCAGAACUUUUGUGCAAGGUCUGAAAAGGGAACACCAGAGCCAGAUCCCAGAAAACACACACUGAGAGCAGCCAGAUGCAGAGCAGAAGCCCAGAGAGCCAAUUGCCACUCAUCUGCACAGCUGGACACAGACCUCACCUCACCAAGUUGGCAUUGCCUGUGGACAAAGUCAGGACGAUGACACAUGCACGGUCUGCCUCAGACUUCUAAUGGUGGACGAUCUAAUCACCAAAUCUGAGAUACUGCAUUUCCAUGCUUCCAGAAAACAGAUGUAGUGAGACAAAGAAAGGCACGAAGCAAACAGUGGGAUGUGCUUCUCAUUCCUGCAGGGAUGCACUGUAAAUUGCUGAUGGUGUGUAAGGGAGUCAUAUUUACCAGGAAAACACAGAUUGGAGUCUUAAAGAGGCUUCUAUUUCACUUCGGACCUUUUGUGCCAUCCGAAUUGUUUCUCUUAACAAAGAAGAAAAGCAGUGUCUGUUUUACAGGAAGAGUGAAAGAAGAUGAAUUAUAUUGUACCGCUUUCUAUAAAACUGAAUGAUGGAUACUUCAUGCCUACACUGGGGUUGGGCACCUCUGCUCCUGCUAAGGUUGCUAAAAGUAAGGUAGAGGAGGCCAUCCAGAUAGCAGUUGAUGUAGGCUACCGCCAUAUUGACUCUGCUUACAUAUAUCUAAAUGAAGAGGAGGUUGGGCGGGCCAUCCGGAAGAAGAUCGCCAACGGCACUGUGAGGAGAGAAGACAUAUUCUGUACCUCAAAGGUGUGGAGCACCUUUUUGCAUCCAGAAUUGGUCCAAAAGUGCCUGGAAAGAUCACUGAAGAAACUCCAGCUGAGCUAUGUGGAUCUCUACCUUAUUCAUUGCCCAAUGGCUUUAAAGCCUGGGGAGGAGAUUUUUCCAAAGGACACACAUGGAAAAAUUAUUUUUGACACCGUGGAUCUCUGUAGCACAUGGGAGGCCAUGGAGAAGUGUAAGGAUGCAGGAUUGGCCAAGUCCAUUGGGGUGUCCAACUUUAAUCGCAGGCAGCUGGAAAAGAUCCUGAACAAGCCAGGGCUCAAAUACAAGCCUGUCUGCAACCAGGUGGAAUGUCAUCUUUACCACAACCAAAGCAAACUACUGGAGUUCUGUAAGUCCAAGGACAUUGUCUUGACUGCGUAUGGUGCCUUGGGGUCUGACCCAGCCAAGGAAUGGAGGAAAAAGAACAGCCCAGUUAUCCUGGAGGAUCCAGUACUCAAUUCGGUUGCUGAAAAGCAUGGGCGAACUCCAGCCCAGGUAGCCCUGCGCUAUCAGCUGCAGCGGGGACUGGUGGUCCUGGCCAAGAGCUUCAGUGAGAAGAGAAUCAAGGAGAACUUCCAGGCUUUUGACUUCCAUUUGACACCAGAGGACAUGAAAACUCUAGAUGGCCUGAACAAGAAUAUGCGCUUUUUUGAAGAUGCUGAAUUUUUUUUUCACCCAGAUUAUCCAUUUCUUGAUGAGUAUUAACAACAGAGUCUGUGGUUGCUCCAGAGUUCUUUGAUUUUGGUUGACGAAUAGAGAACAUCUCAAGAAUGAGACGUCUAUCUGGUUUAUUCCAUAUUGCUUAGCUUGCUCAGUCACAAGCUGGCCCAAGUUCCCAAAUUAGGAAGUAGAAGUCUCUAAACCUACUUUUUAUUUCCCUAAAGAAAAUAAAGAUGUACUUUAAACAACCUAACCUACUGCCACUUUGACAUUUAUUUGCUUUUUUCUUUUCCUGUUUCACUGCGGUUGAAGUGCUGGCAUCCCUAGAAGUGAUCAUAGGGGAUGUGAAUCUCUCAAAACACGU